AUGUUUAUCCUCACGGGUUAUGUCAUCCCCCGAUCGACCCUCAUGAGCGACUCGCCCUGGUUCGGCUGGUUCUCGUACGUCAACCCUGUGGCCUACGGCUACGAGGCCCUGCUGGGUAACGAGUUUGGUGGCCGUGAGCUGCGGUGCAGCGAGAGCAACCUCGUGCCGAGGGGGCCUGGCGCCGACGCCGACUACCAGGGAUGCACCCUGCCCGGGGUCGACCUUUGGCACUCCCGUUCCAAAUUUGGUGGGCGGCAAACUUUGGCAUCAUGGCUCGCUUUCACCGUCUUCUUCCUCCUCGUCAACGUCUGGGCUGUCGAAAAAGGUCCGCUUUCACCGGCUUCAGGCGCGCACUCGCUCGUCUUUGCCAAGCCAUCCGAGAGCAAGGAAGAGACAUCGGCCGAGCAGCAAAAGGCGGAUGAGACCCUCGACAAGAUUGGCGAUGGCACGAGCGUCUUCACAUUUAAGGACAUUCGGUACACGGUCCCCUACGGCACCGGCCACCGCCGGCUUCUCAACGGCGUCAACGGAUACGCGGCGCCUGGAAAGAUGGUGGCCCUCAUGGGAUCGUCCGGCGCCGGCAAGACGACGCUCCUCAACACGCUCGCACAGCGCCAGCGCAUUGGAGUCGUGUCAAGUGACAUUCUCGUCAACGGCGUCGUCCCGGGCGCUGCCUUUAAGCGCGGCACCGGAUUCUGCGAGCAGCGCGACAUUCACGAGGGGUCUUCGACGGUCCGCGAGGCGCUCGACUUUUCGGCGCUGCUGCGACAGGAGAAGCACAUUCCCAAGGCCGAGAAGCUUGCCUAUGUCGAUCGCAUUGUGCGGCUGCUCGAGCUCGACAGCCUCUCGCACGCGCUCAUCUCGUCCCUGACUGUCGAGCAGCGCAAGCGCGUGACCAUUGGCGUCGAGCUCGCCGCCCGUCCCAGUCUCCUGCUGUUCCUCGAUGAGCCCACGAGCGGCCUCGACAGCCAGUCUGCCUUUUCCAUCGUCCGCUUCCUACGCCGCCUGGCCGACGCUGGUCAGGCUAUCAUCUGCACCAUCCACCAGCCGUCGUCUGACCUCAUCGAGCAGUUUGACAUGAUCCUCGCGCUCAACCGCGGUGGCAACACGUUCUACUUUGGUCCUGUGGGCGAAAACGGUGGCUCGUGUCAGAGGAGAAUCGCGGCGUGA